AAAAUAAGCCGAAAUAUGAAAAUAAGAUACAUAACCUCAAAAUGUUUCAACACAUUUUAUUCAGUAUUCCAAUAUUAUGCAGGUCUUUUUGGAAAUAGUAUGUUUUACUGUUAUAUCCCAACCGUCAUUGUUGUGUUUCAAAAAGCAGCUGUCAACAAUGGGUGCAAAAGUGCAAAUUUUGAAUUACCUGCAUUGGAGUAUUGGAUGAUAAUUAACCCUAAAGCUAGGAAUAAACUAAAAUGAUUCGGUAGCAAUGUCUCACAUAUCGGGCGGGGCGUCGGGCGAGCGCCGAUAUUUAGUUCCGCAGGGCCACCAGCAUGCUUCACACCAAAGUAUGGCAAUGCACGGCCCGCCCGCCUCCGAGGACCUGCACGCCUGGUCAAUUUACAGGCAAAACCUGAACUCGGACUUCACAGAUUCUGCUUUGGGCAGCUCUGACAAAUCGCCGCUGCCGUACGGAAACUUUCAGCUUCGAGAUACAACGGUGCAGUCGAUAUUGUCCCAUCCUCGUUACGGUCCAAAAUCAGCACUCGGAUCUAACAUGUACACUUAUUUGAAAUUUGGAUUGCCGCGCGUUUUUCCACCCAACCAUGGCGGCAUCCGAGAUUCUCAACGAUCACGAAGACAAGCCCCACAUUCUCAAAGAUCUGGGAAUAGAGGUCGCGUAAAUAGGGGUUAUAAGAACGGAUCAUCAGGAUACGACAGUUCCGACAACGAAACAAGCAGACAUAUAAAAUUGCAGCGGAAAUACAGAAGUGACCCGGAUUUCCUCUCAAACGGACGCGGAAGUAAUGUCAGCCAAUAUAACACGCAACUAUCUGGUAUACCGUUGGUAGCGUUGCAGCAGGCUUCUAGUCGCGUAAGCGUUGCGAUGGGGCAAGGUCAUUCGCCAAAUCGACACAACGGAAGCCAAGGUGGAGGAUUAAGAAAUUAUCGUUCCGCUAGCGAAGCAAACCUUUUAUCACCUUCAUAUCCACACUAUACAAACCGAAGGGGUUCCAUUGCAGACGUUGGAACCCUUAGUGGUGACAUAGACUAUGUGAAAAGCCGAAAAGCGGAAAGCAUAAUCUCCGGAACGCAAGCACCAUCGGUAAAAGAUUAUUCGCAUAGCGUUAUGAUGUCAACGGGAAUGCCCUAUCCCAAUAUACAGUUCCUGAAUUUAGAAGUAUCAUGUUCUCCUGUUUCUAUAAUUGGAGUUUCCCUCCAAGCCAGAGCAGGCGAUCUCGUUGCCGUCAUGGCCACUGUUGAGGAACAAGGCUCGUGUUUGUUAGAAACUAUUGCCGGUGUGCGAAAAAAACUCGCCGGCGAUGCUCUACUUAACGGGCAGCACGUAAACAUGAGGGCUCUACGUAGACGGAUAUCAUGGGCGCCUCGUCGUGAAAGUUUGCAUCCUUAUAAUUCGCAUCUAACUGUUUAUACUACUUUGAAAUUUUAUUCACAACUCAAAUACCCACAAAGAGGCAAAUCUGACAUGACUGAUAGGAUAAGCAUACUCAUUGAAGAACUCGGCUUGGAGCAAGUGAAAGAUAUGACCGUUUGUCGUUUGACGGAUUCAGAAACUCAACGCCUGACAGUGGCAUGCCAACUGCUGCAGGACACUGCCAUAUUAGUUUUAGAUCAACCUACCAAGGGAAUGGAUAUAUUUGAUACUUUCUUCUUAAUUGAAUAUUUACGACAAUAUGCAGCUAAUGGCCGUAUCGUUAUACUAUCUUUGCAACCACCGACCUAUGAAAUAUUUUUGAUGUGUUCGGGCAUACUUUUGCUAUCAAGUGGUCGCGUUAUGUACUCUGGUUCAAGAAUUGGUUUUGUGGAACAUUUCUCAAACGUUGGAUACCCAUGUCCAAUGUACAAAAACCCUUCUGAUUAUUAUUUGGAUUUAGUAACUUUAGACGAUUUAUCGUCGGCUGCGAUGCUCGAAUCUUCCGGAAGAAUAGAAUCACUUGCAGAAAUGUGGGCGUCGCAAGGAUUACCUAACUUACUUCCAGAUCCUCCCGCUGCUCUUCCGGAAGGAAUUGUUAAACCUAAUGCCUUUAUGCAGGCUAUAAUUAUUUUGAAACUAUUUCUGGUAUACAGCCAACCUAAUACAAUAGUCAGUUGGGUUUUUCGUCUAUUCCUGUCAAUUGUUAUGUCACUUGCUAUUGGUGCUAUAUUCUGGGAUUUGCCAUCGUCUGAUCCACAAUUAAAUUUAAAUGAUAGGAUUGGGUAUCACUAUGCGGUAUCUGCCGUCUGCAUUUGGCCUAUAUUACUUUGUGCAAUUUAUAGAGAUAUGAAAAAUAUCAAAAGUGUGGAACGAGAUGUGAGAAUGGGAAUGUACGGCCGUUUUACAUAUAUUUUUGUAAAGCUUUUAUUUUCGAUACCUCCGAGUAUAUGUAUAUGGGUAGCAUAUAUUGCGCCAGCUCAUACAAUGACUGGUAUGAUGUCAUAUACAAAUCUACAAACUGUGGGAUAUUCUGCAAUAUAUACUUAUAUAGGUUACAUGGUUUUAUAUUUGAUGGCCAUACAACUUUCGGUUACAUUUAUCACGCAUCUAGUCCGUGGACAAAUAACAUCUAUUCUGAUAGCAUCUGCUGUUAUUAUGUUCACGCUUUUGUCAAGUGGUUUGACUGUACACAGCCUCGACUUAGGUUCUUACAUAAAAUGGAUGGAACUAACCUCUCCAUUGAGAUGGUUAUUACCUGUAAUAACAGCAAAAGAAUUUAACCCAGAGACUAUACAAGCGACGACUAGUCAUUUAUUGUGUAGGAAUAAACAGGUUCAAAAUCAGGACAUUAUAGUGCAGAUGCAAUGUCCACCGCCCAAUGGUACACAUGCUUUAGCAUCUUUUCGGUUGCUACCAGAAAAUCAUGCAUUGGAUCCUCGUGAUAUGGAAACCAGCACGGCCCUCGCACUAGCAUUAACGUGUGUUGGAGCAGUAAUUCUAACAAUAGCAGCAUUUACUGCUAAAUGUUCAAGUUCUUGCAGGUCGAAUAAACGAAAACAAACCAGGCUUUGAAUUCUAUUUGAUAUAGGAAUCGCAUUUUUAAAAGACCAUUGAGAAUUUUCAUUUCUCUACUAACAAUGGAAGUCUUUUUAUUACAAAAUAAUGUAAGUUGGUAUGAAU